AUUGUUAAAUUUUAAAAUUAAUUUCAAUUUAAAUAAAUUAAAUUAUUAAAUAAAAAGUGUUUAUAUGUGUUAAUAGUGAAUGAAAAGUGUUUACGUGACAAUAGUGAAGUGAGUGAAUUAUUUUUAGAGCAUCAGUGAAGCAGAGAUUGUAAAGAAUGAAAAAAAAAAAUGGCGGUGGUGAGUGUUGUCAGUUUAAAAAUUCCCAAUUUAUUUUAUUUCAUUUUAAUUUUUGAGUUUUAUAAAUAAAUUGAUUGAAUAUUUUGAUUUUGAAAAAAUUGAACGACUCUAUAGAAAAGUGAAAUUUAUCUUAAAUCACUAAAUUAUUAUUAAAUAUUAGACAGAGGAAAUUUCCAUAAAUAUGAACAGUGGCACUAAUAGGGGACAGUUUGUAAUUAGCUAUAGAAUUAUUAGAUUUAUCAUAAAUUUGAUUUAAAGCAUAGCUUCUGGUUGGUCGAAAUUUAAAAAAUUUUAAUCUGAACUCAACAUUUCGAAUUCGGGUAGUGUUAACUUUGCAAUUAAUUGCAAUUAAAGUAAAAUAUCAAUUUAAAUUAAUUUAUUAAGUGAAAAGUGUUAUUAAGUGACAACAGUGAAGUGAGUGAAUUACUUUCAGUGCAUAAGUGAAAUAAUUAAGUGUGAAAAGUGAAAAAAAUUUGAAGAACAUUCGAUCUUGUGAGCCAAUUCUGAAACUUCCUGCUGUUUUUGAGCUCAGAAAGCUAAAAAAUGUCAUUAUUGGAAAACAUUUGAGCUCUUGGAGCCCAAAAAUGGUUGGAUAAAAAAAAUAUACAUUUCAUUGAAAACAAGUAAUUUUGUACGAUGAUAUGUUUGGAAAAAAUUGAUCGAGGAUUUACGAUGUCAGUAAAAAUCAAGGCGGAAAUCUGUUAAAAUAAAAUAAUAAUGGACAAUUUAUUUCGCUGAUAACGUCUUACGCAAUGUUAAAGGUCACAUCAUGAGUUAUCGGGAAUCGGUUAUCAGAAUAAUUGUUUUUAAUUAUGAAGGUUGAAUCGCAAUAACAUGGUUACUAUAAAUAUCGCAUCUUAUGAGCACAUGACUCAAAUUCAAUUCUGUACUUGGCCUGCUGAUACUUGGAUCGCCAUUAAAACAGUCAAAAUGUCGAAAAAAAUUUUGUUAUUGCUGUCAAUUUUCUUGACGAUCGUACUUUAUUCUAAUGCAGAUGACCCGUGUGCAGACAAAUGGUGUCAUCCCUAUAUGGGUUACUACUGUUGUCCCUAUUAUUCUUGUAGCAAUUACUGGUUCCAAGGUAUUUGCUCAAAAAUGCCAGGACUCGGCGCUCACCGUGACCAAUGGCGAUGGUGCAAUGACAGGCAACUUGUAAAUUAACCGCUGCGUCUUGUUGUUCUGCAGAACAUAUAUGCGUAUUAAAAGAUGCCGCCACCUGAUCGUCAGCGUUAAAACAGGCCUUUAAAAAAUGGCCUCAAUAUUAGGGGACGGCACAGGUCCCGGUGGUCCAGGAUCAACAAGGUGCCUGCUCCUUCUGCAAAGAUCCCUGGCCAUCCAAUUAAGUCGCGGACCUACGCCUAUGGUCCUUGCUACCAUCCAACAUGACACCAUCAAGGAACACCCAGCAGACGAGAUGUGGAUGUACGACAAGGGCUACAAUCUCUUCCAGAGCUUCUUGGAGGCUAAUUCCAAGUGCUGGUGGAAUGCAGCAUUGGUAGACGCAACUCGUCAAUUAAGAUACAAAGGACAUGUAUCACCAGGUGUUUUGAUGGUCGGCGGACCACCUUGUGCCUUGGAAGUACUUAGAGCAGCUUGGUCUCGAAAUGUCUUAAGACCACCAGCUGAUCAUGCCAUCACAUGCCUUGGUGACAUUGAAGACUGUUUAGUAGCCCCAGUGUCUCAAGGACAAUUUACACCGUUACCAGAAGCACUUUGUUGGGCAAUACUAGAGUUAACGUCCCAACGACAGGCCGCAACACUGGACACCCUGCGUUCGGCGCUGAGAAAUGCAUUUCCCACAAUGCAGCGACCAAACCGCGAACUCGUCUACGACGCUCUGGCGAAACUGAUGCAGGAGCGUAAAAUUUAUCAUACCUCGCAGGGCUACUUCGUGGUGACACCCGAGACUAAAAGAUUGAGACGGGAUUCCAGCGGCUCGCGGAGAAAUUCUCGCGAGGUCGGUAGCUGUCGCGGGCAGGGCAUGCUCAUGAGCAAUGACGAAGCAAUGGCGCUUGUACAUGGCGAGAUGCUCACCCUCAGGGACGGUAAUGUGACGCAUCAAGCCGUACAAACUAAUUUAGCGGACGUUAUUUGUGGAGGAAAUCCGAAUGAUAAAAUUCUAUUCGCACGAUGUCGUUCAGUACCCGGUCGUUUAGAACGAAGGCAUUCGUUGCGACUGUGGGGUUCAGCUCGUCGACUUCACAGGAGCGGAAGUUCACGAUCACUGCCAAGAAGACCGGAACGAAGUGACACCUCGUCAAGCGCCGAGUAUGCGAGCACUGAUAGCGCGCCUCACAGUCCCACUAGUCUUUCUGGAUUGUUUACAGAGAAGAUAGGCUUACUAUCAAGGCUCUUUCGGCGCAGUAGUCGGAGAAAGGGUGCACCGUUGAUGGGCACUUUUAGUGCUCAGUAUCCGCCAACAGAAUGGUUCAACCCGAGGGUCGUUCAUCUCCACAGUGUGGCAACGCAGACCCGAGCAGUCAGUCCAUCGAUGAUGGAAGGGUUAGACCAGUCACAGGCCAGUUUCCAAGUAUGGGACGACUCGAGUUCCGUGCGAUCAGCAACGUUACCCCGGCGACAUCGCCGUCAACCGAGCGGUGACUCAACCAGUCUGCUUGCCAACUCAACCCCGCGUAGCUCGCGACGUCAUCGUUCCCCAUGUUCAACUCUCCCGCGUUCUAAAUGCUCGAGUCUAAGUCGCUGUACGUCCCGUGCUUCUGUGCUGCCGCCCAACACCGCCAUAAAUUCCGAUCCGUAUCACCAAUCCCGUCCCCAACUACCCAAUGGCAAACACUCCAGCAAUUCAUCGCCGAGUCGUAGCGGCGGUAGUUCUGGUUCUGUCCGCGUAACUACCAUCACCUCCACAAAUAAUAACAACAAUAGUCCAAAUAAUAACAAUCACACAAAUAAUAACAACAGUCUUCAUCAUCACAAUAAUAGCAAUAGCAAUAGUCCAAGCCCAGCAAAGACUGCAACACUGGGAAGGUCAAGCACUCGGCAUAGCUCCAGAAGACCAAGUCACGACUCAACUGGUAGCGGCACCAAGUCUUCGAAUAGUUCACCCCAACAUAAGAUACUGCAGAAGACAUCGUCAAUGCAUUCAUCAACUCAUCUAACGGCUAAAUCCGUGUCCAGUGGUAAAUUAUCAUCAACGUCAUUAUCAUCAUCCCCGCUUAAGACAUCAAUUACCGCGGCUGCCAAGUCAUCGCCGCUAAAGGUCAUACAGCAGGGAUCAUUAACGCCGCUUCAGGAAGCCCAGAAUUCAAUCACUCUGCAAGUAUCAACGAAUCUGAGUCCCGUGAGUCCCCCGCAGGAGCGCGGCAGCAUUUCAAGCAGCGUUACGCUCGCCUCGAAUGCCUCGAGCACUACGACCAUCAGCGGAUCACCCGGGACUAAGAUUUACGUCCAUCAAAACAACUCGCCAAUGCGCUCGGUGAUUACAUUCGAAAAUGGCACUACCAAGAGCAGCAUCAUUGACAAUAAGGAGGAGAAAAUUUGCAGCAAAGAGAAGCAGGAGCUGGUGAGCGAGAAGGUGCAGAAAGCGAUGAUGAUGGAGAAAGAGAAACUGCUCAGCAAGGGGGAGGACGAUAAGCCCAUAAAGAAAGUUAAUGACGACGAGUGGAAGAUGAUGAAGAUCGAGAGACCCUCGUCGCUCUACACCAGCAGCAAAGACGGCAAGUCCGAAUCAGACAAAGAGAACAAGCCUAAAGUUGAGGAAGAGAUGCCCAAUAAGUUGAAGCUGACCAAUCGGCUGAAUAAUAGUCAGGCGCAUUUGAUCGACGGCUCGAGUAACAACAUCGACAAAUGUACCAACGGGUUGUCUAACGACCACUCGGCAGUCGUUACCGGUUCCGCGAUCAAGAACACCAAUGACGCGAUGAACAACUCACGGAAGUUGAGUCUCUCGCUGUCCAAGGACGCGCUGAGCUUCAGAAACCUGCUGCACCCUGGAUCUAAGAACAACAUCGCCUCGAACCCGCCCUCGCCUACGAAAUCCUUCGACGGGUUCGGGGGAUCGUAUAACAACGUUUACAUCGAGAACCUGGACAACAUUAAAUCCCGACGCGCGCCCCAGGGAUCGGAACCGAACCUGGACAAAAGCAUGAGUCGCGCGGAUCUGUACUCCUACCCAAGCCUCAGUGACAUGCAGGUACAAUUCACGAGCUUGGCGGCCCAGAAAAUCCUUAAAGGCUGUCCUAUCAACAGCGUCGACACUCUCGUUGAAGUUAAUAUGGCGGCUGAUAAACCUAAUAAUCGUGAUGUUACCGUACAUACUGAUUUUGGUCUUGUUUAAAUUAUUUUUCAUUACUUAUAAAUUAUAUAUAUUGAUAUUUUGAUUUUUUAAAUAUUAAAAAAGAAAUAGAAUUUUGGGUUAUGUUUGUAGUUUGCUCCACGAGCCAUAGGCGCCUGCAGCAAACGAGUCGACAAGACCCAUUUUUAUUACUGUUUGCUUUAAGCAAAUGAUUAUUUUAAAAAUUACCAAUUAAAAAAUCAAAAUAUCAAUAAGUAUUAAAAAAAAUGAACUAAAAUUGAAACGAAAAUUUAACCAAAAUAUUGUUUAUUGUUUAUUUUUGUUUCUUUUGUAAGUCAGUAAGCAAAAUGAGCUUAGUAGAUAGUAAAAAAAAUUCGUCUCAUCAGAGUAAAAAAAAGUUAACGAAGGAUCAAAAAAAUUAGGCAGUGAUUACAACGAAUAAUAAGUAAACUAAAAAUUAAAAAAAAAAAGUAUUCACUAGUUUAACUAAUUAAUGGCCUGUAAUAUAUUUUAUACAUAGCGAUCGAGUUAAAUAGUGUGUCACGAACGAAAACCGGCCCGUAUAUUGAGUACAUCAAUCAAAUUACUAUUUGUAAUGAGUAAAAAUAAAAAAAAAAAUUAAAUACGUAAUUUGCCAUGAUUUCGACUUUAUUUGGCUCGUAAAAUAUCUGAUUUAUAUUUAAUGUAUAUUUAAUUUGCGAAAUAAAGUUAAAAAUAGAAUUUAAAAAAAAAUGAUUGUUAAAUAAUUUACUGUAGAUAAAAAAUAAACUCUGCUUAAUUAUUGUUGUUAAUUAAGUAGCGGAGACAUCUGAAUCAUCGAGCUUCCUCGCAGUUGAUCAAGGCCUCUCGGGGCUCAAUAUAAACUUCAAUUAAAAACUCUUAAAUAAAUAUUGUUAAUAAUUAAUUAACGAAUACUAGUGUCAGUGUCAUUAUCUAAAUUUUAUUAUUAUUAAUUAUUGUUAUUAUUAUUAUAUAUAUAUAUAGUUUUUUUUAAAUAAAGAAAUUUAUAAAAGACUGUUCGCAGCUUUGCAUCGCUUUACCGUGUUAAAACGAUUUGCUAAAGCAAAUUUAUUUUUUAUGGCAUUUAAAAUUUAUUAAUUUUACUGAUGUAAUUAUUGAAUAAAUAUCUGAGAGUCUCGUUAGGCCUUGAAGAUAAAUAAAUUAACGGUAAAGCGUGUACUGUAAGAAAAAAGCAACGAGUAUCUGCCUACGAUUAUUAAUUAUAAACUUUAAUUUAAAAGUCACUUAAAACUUUUUUUCUUUCGCAAUUAAAAAUAAAUAAUACUGAAGUUAACAGACUAUUUAAAAUUUUCGGAUUUUUUUUCAACGACUCAACUGUAAAAAGAAUAAAAAUUCAAAAUAUGCACAUAUAGAAAAUUGAAAAAACUAUAUGUGCAAUUUUUUAAAAUAUUUUUUUUUCUUGUAAUUUAUCAGUUUAAAAAAAUCCUAAAGUUCUUAGACGUCGGCUAGCCAGUAUCGUUUAAAAAAAAUUAAUUUUCCAAUUUCAUAAAUUAUUAAAAUUUUUUUUAUUUGAAAAAUUUGACCGGUGAAUAUUUUAGAAUGGAUUUUAGCUGAAAUAAUUUCUAAAUAUUAAUUUAAAAAAAAAAUUAGUUUUAAUUAAAACGCACUAUUGCAGUGCAAUCAUAAUAAUAAAAAAAAAAUUCCAAGUGCCAAAACAGUAUAAAUUAAUUCGAUCGCCUCAACAAAAACGGCCAGCGCAUCGAAUCCUAAAAAAAAAUUUAAUACCAACAAUAAAACUGCGAUUCCGUUGCUGUCCCAAGUAGCACAUUUGCCUUUGUGACCUAUAAGAUAUCAGUUUUUAGGCUAUACUUUUUGACAUAUCGAUAAGGCACCAAUAUGUUGACAAAACGAUCAGAAAUUUAUGUCACCAAAAAAACAUCUACCUGAAAGACUUGGCACAAGUGAUGACAAAAAGUAAAUUACAAAUAGUGGUAAGAUAAGUCUAUAUGACUUUUUAAUUUAAAUAAGACAGAAAAAACAACACAAAUUUUCUCUGUCUCUGGUUCCGAACAUUUGCAUGUCUUAUUUAUACCAAAAAAAGAUAACUGAGACAAAAAAAAAUUUGUCAUCCUUUUUCAAGACAUCUUAAAGUUGUCUCUGUGCUACUUGGGUGGGACCGUGUAUUUUAUGGAUCUAUUUUAUCCUUUUUUAUUGAACCGAUGAGACAAAAAUAAUGAUUAGUCGUAAUAACAUUAACCGCAUUAUUAAAUAAUUACAUGAGUAUGUAAUUGGUAGUGUAAGAAAUAAAUUAAAAUUUAGGCGCUUUGUAAAUUUAUACCUCGCAUUUUAUAGAAUUUAUAUUGAUAAUAAUAAUAAUAAUAAUUAGUAGUAAGACUCAUUGUCUUUUGUCACUCACUAAAAUGUAUCGCAAAGUGACUAAUCUGUAAAGCCACUGCGUCAUUAUUAUUAUUAUACUUUCAUUAAUUAAUUAUAUUUUUCACUUACGAUACGAUUUAUUUUUAACUCUCAACUAACUUGUAGAAUUUUCCUUUCCAUUUAAUUGUAUAAUCGAAUUUGUCACAUAUAAAUAUAAUUAAUAAUGAUAAACAAAAU